AAAAUAAAUCUAAUCUGUUAAUAUACGGUGAUCGUCUAAAAGCCGGGGCUUGCCUGCUCCCACAGAAUACUCUCAUCCGUGAUCCGCCCUCAUCCAACGGCCCCCUGCUUCUGCCCUCCUUUUCCCUAAAAUAUCCAGCAAUUAAACAAAACCGGCCGCCCUGUCUCUUAACCAAACGCAGGAAAAGACCAACCGCUCAUUUCGUAUCCUCUCUUAUCCUCUCACUUUCCCCACAGCCAAAUCAGUAGCUUCUCCACGGCCGGGAGACAUCUCGACGGCGAACGCCGCGACCUCGAUUUGCUACCAUGUCCGCGCAGGAGGGUCCUGGACAUCCCCGCAAGCUGGCUCAUCCGGCUGGUUGUCUUCCUCGGCGAGCGCGUCAUCUCCGUGGUCCUCCGCGCGCGGCGCUCGUCAGCAAACUGCUCACCAUCCCUGCGGCCAUGGCGUCCCUCGCCCAGCGCGGCGCUCGUAGGCCAGCUGCGCGCCGUCCCUAAGGCCGCAGCUUUCGUCGCCCGGCGAGGCGCUCGUGGGCGAGCUGCGGGCCCUCCCUCCUCGGCGGUCACCUUCGUGGCCAUGUUUGCCGCGUUCGUCGCCUCCCUGAGCUUCGUCCCACACGUACAAUAGCACGGCUGGCAAGGCUUGCUGUGGUACAAGGUACGUCAUCCAAUUACCCGAGUAGAUGGCUGCUGUUCUUCUAAUUUCUCAACCAAAUGCUACUUCUGUCCGUGUGAGGUAGGUGAGAAUGAGAUGCAAGUAUCUAUGUUUUUGGAUAAGAACCGUGCUUUUGGUCUGACUUGUUUAAAUUGUGCAUUUGAGCUUCCCGUCAAUCAACUAAUAUACUUACACGAUCUUAUAAACUCACAAGUAUGUGAUUAAACUAGGAGACGCCGUUACCCUGCUAAUGGUACAAAAUCCUGACUUAAUUAUCAAUUGGGUCUCAUAUCACCAAUGGCAACUAUGAGAUUGCUGACAUAGCAAAAUUCUCAAAUCUAUGCUUUUUUUAAAAGCAAAUGCAUCGCUCUCACUUAAUUAAGUUGUGCAUUCGAUCGAUAUGCACAGACUACAAGUUUUUAGUAAAGUAGCAAAAAAAGGAAAACAUGAGCAUCUCUAACAACGACGGCAGAUUAAGUUGGCUUCUGUUGUUGGAAGAAGACUUGAUUUUGGCCUGUCAGUGUGCCAACGGAUGGCUGCAGUGAUGCAUUUGAGGCUGGGCGCCCUAUCAUCAUACCAAUGGGUGAUUGCAGUGAGGCAUUUGAGGUUGGGUGUCCUGUCAUCGUGCCAAUGGGUGGUUGUACUAAGACAUUGGGGGCUGGGUGUCCAGUCAUCAUACCAACGGAUGACUGCAUUGAGGCUGGGUGUCCUAUCAUCGUGCCAAUGGAUGGCUGCACUGAGGCAUUCGGAGCUGGGUGUCCCCUCAUCGUACGAGCAGAUGGCAAUAGUAAGGCAUCUGGAGGUGAGUUGCAUUGUUCUGAAUAGGUAUACAUGUGAUUUGUCGGAAUUCCCAAAUGACCCUGUGUAGUAGUGGUAAAGGUCAGCGUACAUAAACCUUUAAAAUGAUAAGACUAAAAUAUGAGUGUAGGUAGCUUAUACUAUUAAGCUAUUGUAAUGUUGCAAUUCAGCCGACAAUCUUUUUUUUCCGGAGAAAACGCAUGAGAGCGUGCGUUUCAUUGCAUUGUAAAGAGGGAGAGUUUGGUUACAUUACUCCUAGGAGGCUGAUUACAGAGACCGGACUAAUGGACAUCCCAAGUCUGGGGGGGGGGGGUAAUGGCUUUGAGCCCUAGCGCGCCCGCAUUUGCCCAAAGGGCAGCUUCUUCCUUGAUCUUCGCUACGAGGGUGUUCACAGAUGGGCGCGCUCCGUUGAAGAUGCAGUCAUUGCGGUGUUUCCAUAUCAUCCAUGGGACGAGGAGGGUCACGGUACCGAGGCCUUUGCACAUGGGCGCAGGGGUGGAGUGUCGCGCCGGAUGCCACCAGUCUAGAAGCGAAGGCUCGUCGCCGGGCGGGGUGCACGGGAUCCGUAGCCAGCUUAGCGUCUCGUGCCAGGUUUGCCGGGCCAAGGGGCAUGCGAGGAUGAGAUGGUGCAUGGUUUCAGGCGCCUGGUCGCAUAGGGGGCACCGUGCGGGGUGUUGCAGCCCACGGCGAGCGAGCCUGUCGGCGGUCCAACAUCUGUCGAGGUGGGCGAGCUAGUGGAAGAAGCGGACGCGCUGCGGUGCCUAGUGUUUCCAGGUGAGUUUCCAGGCGGCGCAGGUCAUGGAGCCGGCGAAAGUGGCCAUGUAGGCCGACUUGGCCGAGUAGACGCCGUUCGCGCUCCAUCUCCAGAUGAGGCGAUCGGGCUUGGCAGAGAGAGUCGUGCUCGCGAUCCUGUGCCAAAGCUGGAGGUAUUGCCCGAUCUCGUGGAUGCCAACCGUGCCCUGGAUAUCUCGCGCCCAACGAUUGUCCGCCAACCCAUCCGCAACAGUCCGGAGUUUCCGACGGCGUUUGGGGAUGCACGCGUAUAGGAGCGGGGCGAUCUCGCAGACGGACCGCCCGCCGAUCCAUCGGUCCUCCCAGAAGAGGGCGUCUGUGCCGCUUUCGAGCUGCAUGGUAGUGGAGGCGAAGAAGAACGUGCGCUUCUCGGCAUCAAAUUGGAGGUCGAGGCCUGCCCAUGCCUUGGUAGUGUCCGUGCGGUUGAACCAUAGCCACCGCGUGCGCAGCGCGAGGCUGGUGCGCGCGAGGUCGCGGACGCCAAGGCCACCAAGAGGGAUCGGGCGGGCAACUCGCUGCCAGUUGACGUGGCAGUGCCCGCCGUUUGCCUCCGUGUGCCCGGCCCAGAGGAAUCCACGUUGGAUCUUCUCGAGCGCCUUGAUGGUCUUCUUGGGGGGGGGGGGCAGAGCCAGCAGCUGGUGAAUGGGGAUCGUGCUCAGGAUGGCUUUCACAAACGCGAGGCGCCCAGCCUUGUUCAUGAGGUGUGCCUUCCAGCAUGGGAGCAUGCCGGCUGUUUUGUCGACGACAGGCUGAAGCUGGGCUGCGGAUGGUCGGCGUAGCGUGAGGGGGAUGCCCAGGUAGGUGAUGGGCAGCUCGACGAUGGGGCAGCCGAGCGAAUCGACCACAGGCGCGGCCUUGCCCACGCCGGCGCGGAUCAGUGUGGCCGUGCUCUUGGCGAAGUUGACCUGUAGUCCUGAGGCGCGCCAAAAAAGUCGCAGGAUGCUCUUGACGGCAGUGACAUCGCUUAGGGUGGGGUGGCAGAAGAGGAUCAUGUCAUCCGCGUAGAGGGAGACGGAUGGCAUCGGUCGCCGAGGGUGAAGGCGCUGUAGGAUACCCAGCUCGGUUGCGCAGUGGAGAAGGCGUCCAAGCGUGUCGACGGCGAGUACGAAGAGCUGGGGCGAAAGGGGGUCGCCCUGGCGGAACCCACAUCGGUGCCAGAUAGCAGGGCCUGGCUCCCCGUUAAUAAGCACUCUGGUGCUUGCCGAAGAGAAGAGGAUGGCAAGCCAGUCGAGGAACCUGGAGCUGAAGCCGUAUCGACGAAGGGUAUCGAACAGGAAUGGCCAUCUGAAUGAGUCGAAGGCGCGCGCCAGGUCUAGCUUCAGGAGCACGCGUGGGGCGCCGAGCUGGUGCAGCAGACGAGCCGACUGCCGGACGAGGGUGAAAUUGUCAUGCAGACUGCGUCCGGGGAUGAAGGCGUUCUGGCUUGUGCUGACAAGAGCGUUGAGCCUGGGCGCGAGGCGCGGCGACAGGACUUUGGCGAAAAUCUUGGCGACCAAGUGAAUUAGGCUAAUGGGCCUGAAGUCGCCGAGGGCGUGGGCGUCGGCGCGCUUGGGCAGCAAGGUGAGAAGCGCCUGGUUGAGGCAGCUGAAGCCGUGGCCUUGCAGCGCGCGGAGCUGACAGAAGACGUUGAUGAAGUCUUGCCGAACGGUGGGCCAGCAUGCGCGUAAGAAUUCAGCUGUGAAGCCGUCGGGGCCUGGGGCUUUGCGCGCGGGGAGCCCUUUGACCGCCUGCCAGAUCUCCUCGGCGUCGAACGGGGCAUCCAGGUCCUCCAGAUUGGCGGGGGUGAUGAGGUCCGUGAGGUCGAGCGCGCAGUGCCGGGCGCCUCCGUGCCCAAAAGCGCGUCGAAGUGGGCGUAGGCAGCCGCAACCAUCUCCGCGGGGAGGCUAUGGAUCCUGUUCUUUUGGCGCCUAUACGUGCAUUGCCGAUGGAAGACCGAAGUGUUGGCAUCACCGUCCUUGAGAGUGGCGAGGCGGGCACGUUGCCGGGCAAUGGUGCGCUCGAGGGAGGCGAGGCCAAGAUAUGACGCCUUGAUUUGCCGGCGCAGCCAAUCCUCGUGUGGGGAUAGGGCGCGGUGGUCCUGUGCUGCAUCAAGCCGGAGGAGGAGCUCCCUGGAGAUCGCCAGCUUGAGCCGUACGUUGCCAACCGUCUUCGAACUCCAGCCUGUGAGCAUGCGCGCCGUGGCCUUCAUGCGAAGCAUGAGCCGCCUGAAUGGGUCCGGGUCAUGGACGGAGUGCCAGGCAGCUGUGACGAUGUCCUGGAAGCCAUCCAACCGGAUCUAGAAUUCCUCAAAGUGGAAUCGCCGGUGGGUGGGUGGCAUCGGGGCGCAGUCGAGAAGCAAGGGACUGUGAUCCGACAUGACGGAGGCGAGGCAGCGAAGAUGGCACUCCCCAUGGGGCUCUUCCCAGUCAGCCGUGCAAAGGACACGGUCUAGGUGAACGAGGGUCGGGGGCGACUGCUUGUUGGACCACGUGUAUCAGCGUCCGUUGAGGUAGAUCUCCUUGAGCGCGAGGUCGUCGAGGAUGCGCCAGAAGUGACCCAUCAUGCGGCGGUUCAGGUGGCUAGUGUUCUUGUCUUCAUCUCGGAGUAUGAGAUUGAAGUCGCCACACGCCAUCCAUGGUCCAGGGCAGUCUACGCGAAUGUCGCGCAACUCUUGCAGGAAUGCUAUUUUGUCGGCGUCCAGUUGGGGUUCGUAGACCACGGUGAGCCACCAGGGUGUGUGAGCGCUCGAAGGAUGAGAAACCUUGGCUGUAAUGGCAUUUGCCGUGAAAAGAGGAUCGGUGAUGGGCACCUCACGGCUCUUCCACGCAAGCAUGAUACCGUCGCGAGUGCCAAGCGCGGGAAGGUAUACGUAGUCGUCGAAUUCCGAGCCAAGGGUCUCAAGGACAGUUGACGAGCAAAUCAAAGUCAUCUUCGUUUCCUGGAGGCAGACAAUAGAGACAUUUGCGGUGACAACGAGCGAACGGACGGCGGUGCGGCGAGCGCGCGCGUUGAGGCCGCACACGUUCCAAAUGAGCAUCUUGGGGUUGUGAUCCAUUGAGGAGGUCGACGACGUGGCGCGCGGCGCGGCUAUGCCUCGAUGGGGCUGCCCGCGACCAUCAUGGUGAUCGGCGCGAUGGUGGGAUCCGCGGGGAGCUCGCGAUCAACCAGAGCGGCGAUGGCCGACAGGACGGACAUGGAAAUGGUCGCCGCGAAGAGACCCUCAUACGCCUGCAUCUCCGCUGCGGUGAUCCUCUGAUCAAUUCCGACAAUGCCGAGGGUGCGCAGAAUGUGGAUCUGGGCGCGCCUCUCAGCUAUCGGCGGCACGGCCGUCUUGCGGGCGGUGGACGUGGCCGAUCUCCCGCGCCUUGGGGUGAAGUUGGGCGGGGUCCGUCGCUGGCGCCGGCCAGGGAUUGGAAGGGCUGCGUCAAUCUGCCUGGUUGCGGCGGCGAGGAAGUCACCCAGGGUCCAGGCCGCAGGCGCCGUGACGCGCGGUCGGGAACGGCGCAUGGUGAUCAGGGGGGUUGCAAAUCGCGCAGGAGGGCAAGGUGAGCGGGCGGAUCUUGUCUCGUCGCUCGGGAUCCCAUGUUGGGCCUCAUGCUGGGCUUCAGGCUGGGCGUGGCGAUGGGCCUCGGGGCCUUGCUGGGCUGGAGCGGCGUCCAAGGUGGAUGCCGUGCGCUUUGGGAGGUUCCUGGAUGGCCUCGGCUGGCCUCGUAGGAUUGGCCGUUGGGUGUGUCGUGGUGGGCUCCAUCUCCUGCGGUGUCUCUGUGGACUGGUCUGCGAUGGGCGCGGCCUCAGCAGCCAAUGGCAGCGAGGGAGCAGCAAAGCGUCCCGACAGCGGGUCCGGCGUGACCUCCAAAGGCUGGGAGUCGGGGACCUCGCCUGCCAGGGAUUGGCUGGCUGGGUUGCAAUCCUGAUCCCCAUGCGUGUCAGGGUGAUCUAUGCCUGGCAUGACUGUGUCGUGGGUGGGCCCUUGGGGGCAGGCGGGGAUGUCGUGUUGUGCUGGCGAGGGGUGGGUGCCAGCGCUCUCAGACUGGUCGCAAAGGGUGCCAGCCAAAGGGCGGGUGGCGACCGUUGCCAGGUCACGCGGGCCCUCCGCACUUGGGCCACGAGUGGCAGGGCGAGGGGGCAAAGCAGCCGCAGGGGGGCAGCUUUUGCACGUCGGGCCUCCUCUGCCAUCCUUCUUUUCUUUCCACCACACUUUCCCCAUUUGGCAAAGCCGCGGGAACUGUGGGGGCCACCGGCGGCGGGCCAAGGGUCCAUCGUGCGGCCGGUGGUUUGCCUCGUCGGCGGCGGCGCCGCUGCGACCGUACGGGUACGGGAGCCGGGCCAGCCAGCAUCGACGACAAUGCCAUCGGCGCGGCCACGGAGGUUGGACAAGCGCCAGCCCACGGUGUCGACGGCCAUGCCAUCCGCGCGACCGUCAGGGGCGUCGGAGGUGCGGCGGCGCUUGCGCCCGCGUCGACGGCCUUGGCCGCCCUCAGUGCGGCGAUCGGCGCCUCUGCCGCCCGCGCCUGGUGCACCGUCCCCCGGGCCUCGAUCUCCGUUGGUGGCCGGAGCAGGCUGCCCGGCCGCGGCAGCGACCGUGAUAGACACCGGGUACUGGAGGGUGCGGAUGGUCGGCGGUGAGGGGCGGAUGCGAGCUGGGAUGGAUUCCACGAUCUCGAGGAUGGCCGCCCGGCGGAUGCUAGUUGGGUCACGGGUGCGCGCGGUCACCCGGAAGGUGGCGAGGUCAGCGCGGGAGCGCGUGCUCGGGUGGAGCCGCUC